GUCAAAUGUCAGUUCAGUUUCAGUAUUUGUUUGUAGUUUGUUCAAGAUUUGUUUAAACAAAGAUAUAUUUUGUCAGAAAAAAAAAAAUAUAUAUAUAUAUAUAUAUAUAUUCUCUGAAGGAUUGGAAGAAAUAAAAAUGGAGGAGAAGAAAUCAAGAUCAACAGUAUUCCCCCUUGGUAAAAUAAACACCAUAAUGAAGAGCUCAUCAGACCAUGAACAUGCUACUAAAGAGUCCAUAGUACUGGUGGCGAAAGCUACAGAAUUGUUCAUUCAAAAACUCGCACCAGAAUGCUACAAAGCAAAAAAUGGUAACAAGUUGGACUAUGACCAUAUUAUGGAAGUGGUACAUGCUACUCCGAAAUACAAAUUCUUGAAAGAUAUUGUGCCAAAGAAAAUCACUGUGCUUGAAUUUAAAAAAAUUAUGGCCAGGAAAGAAGAAGAAAGAAGGAGGAAGGAAGCAGAAAAUACUUCUUCUGAUGAUGAUACUAGUGACUCCAGUGGAUCCGAUGAAUCUAGUAGCGCAAGCGAGGAAGAUGUAGCGCCUGCAAGCCCGGAGCAAAUUAGUGACAUACGCUAACUUGUAAAAUGUCAUAAAAUGGAGAGUAAGAUUUAAAAACUAAUUUAGUUUUAGGUAACAAUAUUUUAAGUUUGCCAAUUAAUAUUUAUAUCUAUUUGCUUGAGUAAUCUUAAGAGUUAUAAUGAUAAUGUGUUUAUUAUGCAAAAGAGCAGUUAAGGAGGAACCUACACAGAUUUCUUAAAGGCUUUCAAUAAGGUGCAUUCUUUGUUGCUUGCAAAGCCGCAGAGUUUCUUGAAACGACGAAAACAAAAUGUGAAGGUAAUUAGUUAUGUUUCAAAUUAGGUAUUAUUGAAUUAACCCUUCGUUAGUGUUCACUGAGAGUUACAUGAGAGCUGUUCUGGCGUAUAUCAUACCCCAAUAAGAAAUUCGAUUGAAAUGCGGAUUUUUAUUUUUUUUUAAUUUCAUUUUAAAGGAUAAAUAUAAUAUUUUAAAAUACCAAGUACAAGGUACACUCAAAGUUGUUUUUGACAAAUGUCUAAAAAAAUAUCGUACGACUUGAAUCAAACCAAUUCUCGAAUCAAUUUCAUUGAAGUUGAAAGAUUUACAGUGUCACUACCAUGUAAAAUCCUGUACACAAUAAGUUUCGUAAAUAGUGUUCCGGGGUAUACCAUGCCCUAACUGUCUUUGCAGUAAUCCGAUUUCAUACUAAAGGUUCAGAGAGACGCUACUGUGUGUGCAUUCAAUUACCAUAUUAUGCAUGAACUAAAGCUACUAGACGCUAGACGUCUGUAGCUGUUGCAAUUUUAGUUUUACAGCUGUAAGUAGCCGUCAUGGGGUAUGAUUCACCCCAUAAAACUAAUGAAGGGUUAAUUGAAUCAUUUUGUGAAUUGUAUUGUAUUGUAUUGUACUGCACUGCAAUGCGGUACUAUUUAAAGGGGUACCGCAGUGCUUGCAUUGUGGCUCCCUUCUAUUUAUAUUGUUCAUUGAUGAUCUUAGGAUAUUUUUUAUGAUUAUCCAUUUUUUUAUGUUUGCGGAUGCUCUUUUCCUCUCUUUAGAAAGGAACUGGAAACCCUACUAAUAUCGUUGAAUUGGAUAGGGAAUAUGUCGCAAGUUUUUCUAUUAUGUUCCUAUGUUAUUUAUUAACUUUUAACUUCUUAAUAAUACAGAUCUCUUGAAGGCGUUCGAUAAGGUGCAUUCUUUGUUGCUUGCAAAGCUUGACUUGACUGCUGUUCCUUGAAAUAAUGAAAACAAAUUGUAAAGAUAACUGUUCAAAAUUAGGUAGGUUGGUGUUAUUAAAUUAGUUAUGUCAUUUUGUAAAUUGUAUUGUACUGUAAUAAGGAAAGUAGAUGAAUAAAAAAAUAUAUUUAGGUA